AUGUCCCAGCCAGAACUAUCACCACCCGAGUAUGACAGCCCGGGCGCCUUGAUCGCCGGGUCGGUCAUCAUGUGGGUUGUCUCGACGCUAUGUGUUAGCUUGAGAUUCUACUCCAAGAGGUGGAAGCGACAAGGCUACAUCACGGCCGACUGGCUGAUUGUGGCGGCUGCCAUUUUUACAACCGGCAUGACGGUAAUGGAGAUCUAUGGCGUGAAGGAACACGCGUUGGGAUAUCCACUGGGUGCCUCGAUCGAAGACCCCAAGGCAGUCAACGGACGUCUGAACAAGGCUAAACAUAUUGAACUCUCGUUCCUGCUCCUCGGUAUCGCUACCCUCGGCUUGAUCAAGCUAUCCGUGUGCUUCCUAUUCUGGCACCUCUUUGCCCGAGUCGUGUUUCGCCGUUUCCUCAUGGUCUGGAUCGCAAUCAUCAUUGCAUGGACUCUCGCCUUUGUCCUGGGAGGCCUUCUCGAGUGCGGCUCGCAUCUCAAGGCUAUCUUUGGGCAACCGCAAGAGUAUUUGGAGCACUGCGGAAGCGCGAUCCCCACCGGAUAUGCCAUGGUGGGCAGUGAUGUUGCCACGGACUUUAUCACGCUGCUCAUCCCCAUCCCCGUGGUCUUUAGCAUGAAGAUGGACAAGCGGACUAGGUUCUUGACUCUGCUGACCUUUAUGAUCGGUGCCCUGUCCGUGGGUGCUUCCAUCGCCAAAGCCUACAUCUACAUCAAAGCAAGCUUGGGUUUGUGGACGUCCGAUGCCAUCUCCAUGCUCACUGGCCUCUCCAUCUGGAACCUGGCUGAGUGCCAUAUCGGUAUCAUUGCUGCAUGCGGUCCUACGCUGCGACCGAUCCUGGCACGCAUUCUACCAACCGAGAGCCUCAUGUCUCUCUUGUCCCGCAUGGGAGUAAGCGGGAACACGUCCAGGCAGAACGAGCUCCCCAGCUUUGUCAAGAUGCCGGAUGCCGACAGUGCUGAGCAGUUACAGCCUGGGGCGGAGAAGGUUGGGUCUAAGGGUGCUGAUGGGCCUCAUGGAGUUCGGCAGUACGAGAUGGAAUCAUGGAACGACGCCGAGUCCGAGAGACGUAGUCGGAACAAUGUCUGA